AUGGCUUUCAAAGAUAUCCAGAAAGGCCCUGUCGAUAUCAUGUAUCACAUCAAAGUGAUGGCAGAUGCGGACAAGAGCCCUAAAUCGGUGGAUCUUGGUGUUGGUGUCUACCGCAACCAAAACGGAGAGUAUAACGAAUUGGAGGUUUUGAAAAAGUUCCUCGAGAAUGCCGCGCAAGUGAUUUUCGGUCAAAGUGCACCAGUACUCGGAGACAAGAAAGUUGCUUCUGUCCAAACCAUCUCUGGCACGGGCUCAAUCCAUAUUGCACUUAUGUUCCUCAAACACUGCCUUCCAGACAAAAAGCGACAUGUCUAUAUAGGGACCCCAACAUGGGGCAACUAUGAACCAAUGUGCAGACUCGUCGGCCUGGAGAGCAUGACUUACAACUAUUACAAUUCCGCAAGUGGCCAAGUUGAUUUCGAGUCUGUCUUGGAUGCUAUUCGCACAUCUGAGCCGGGAAGUGUAUUCAUUCUUCAAGCUUGUUGCCAUAGCCCUACUGCUGCAGACUUCAGCAAAGAGCAGUGGCAUAUCUUAGCCAAAGAGUUGGUAGAGCAUGAUAUCCUGCCGCUCUUUGAUAUUGCCUAUCAGGGGAUGGGUAAGGGUAUUGAUGAAGACGCAUACGGAAUUCGCUACUUUGCUGAACAAGGAUUCGAAAUGUUUGUUUGUCAGUCUUUUUCAAAGAACUUUGGAUUGUACGGGGAGAGAACUGGAGCUCUCCAUGUCGUAUGUGCAUCUGAGCAUGAAGUUGCUCCGGUGCAUGAUCAAUUGAGGUGUCUGAUUCGUUGGGAAUUUUCCUCUUCUCCGGCUUAUGGCUCUCGACUAGUUAAUCUAGUCUUGUCAGAUCCUGCACAGGAGCUCUCCUGGCGCAAUGAAUUGGCUAGUAUUCGAUCAAGGCUGCAGUCUCUUCGGAAAGAAUUCCGUCACUUGCUCGUGGAUGUUUACAAGAUCCCUGGAAAUUGGAGUGUCAUUGAAAGCGGAAGCGGUCUUUUUAGCUUUCUGCCACUGACUCCGGUGCAGUGUAAGGCUCUACAAGAGCAGCAUCAUAUUUACAUGGUGCCAAAUGGGCGAAUUACCAUAUCUGGACUGACCGAGACGAACAUCGAGUAUGUGGUGCAAUGUAUCGCCAAAGUGGUCAUAGGGCAGCAGUGA